AUGAAGCUUGACGUGAAUGUGCUGAGAUAUCUAUCCAAAGAUGAUUUUAGAGUUCUCACUGCUGUGGAGAUGGGAAUGCGUAACGUCAGUACUUCUCCUCUCUAUUCCCUUUCGUAUUAUCCUGGACUAUUUGACUCUAGUAUUAGCUUUUUGUUUUCGUAUUACAAAGUCCUCAAGAACUUGCUCAAUUGUCUAGAUGAUGGAUUCAGACUCACUUAUUUGGGAUACGACUUCCUUGCCAUUAAAACAUUGGUCAACCGUGGUGUAUUUACCGGUGUUGGUCGUCAGAUUGGUGUUGGUAAAGAGUCUGACAUAUUUGAGGUGGCUCAGGAAGACGGAACUAUUCUGGCAAUGAAGUUGCAUAGACUAGGGAGAACCUCCUUCAGGGCUGUCAAAUCUAAGCGUGACUACUUGAGGCAUCGCAGUAGUUUCAGCUGGUUGUAUCUCUCCCGUCUUGCCGCUCUCAAGGAGUUUGCUUUCAUGAAGGCUUUGGAAGAACAUGACUUUCCUGUUCCAAAGGCUAUCGACUGCAAUAGGCACUGUGUUAUCAUGUCUCUUGUUCAGGGAUACCCAAUGGUUCAGGUGAACCAAUUACAGAACCCUGAGACAAUUUUCGAGAAGAUUAUUGGCAUUGUCGUUCGUUUGGCUGAGCAUGGUCUAAUCCAUUGCGACUUUAAUGAAUUCAACAUCAUGAUUGAUGAUGAAGAGAAGAUUACGAUGAUUGACUUUCCACAAAUGGUAUCUGUUUCACACCAAAAUGCACAGAUGUACUUUGACCGUGAUAUUGAAUGCAUCUUCAAGUUUUUCAGAAAAAGGUUUAAUAUGUCUUUCCAAGAAGAUAGAGAUGAUGAGACGACAGAGGUGGAAGUGGAUGAGAACAGCAGACCAUCUUUCUUUGAUAUAACUAAAGAUGCCAAUGCUUUGGAUAGAGAACUAGAAGCUAGUGGUUUCACUAAAAAGGAGCAGAACGACCUCGACAAAUUUAUUGAAGGUGGGAUGGAGAAGAAUAAAGAUUCUGACGAGGAUGAGGAAUCUGAUGAUGAAGAGGAGACUGUUGAGUCAAAUGAAGAAGGAAACCUAAAUGAAAUGAGAUCACUACAAUUGCAAGAGGAGGUGCAGAAUAGUUCAAAUGGCGUUGAGGCUGAAGUUGAAGUUGAAUUGGAUGAUAAUGAGAAAGACGAAAGCAGUGGAGAUGAAAACGAAGCUGGAAGAGAUGAGGAGCUGGACAAAAAACUGGGGAAGCAAAGACGAAGAGCCAUGGCAGCAGCCAGGGGAGGUAGAAAGUCGCAGUCAUCAAGAAACACAUACAAGGACAAAGGAGGCCGUUCCCAAAACUCAAAGAUCCACACCAACAUGAGCGGCUGGUGAUUAUAAACUUCUUAUACACCAAACAAAACUCUGCAGGAUGUUGAAGAAGCCAACAACAAACUAUGGGCUUAAUGGGCCUUUUAAUAUUUUAAACGGGCCAAAUUUUGAUCUCUUAUUGUCUUUUUCAACAGACAAAAAUCAAAGUUAAAUGAAUACUCAGUUUCUAUAUAUACAUUAGAGAAAAUAUCUCAGAAAAUAAUGUCCAAAUCUGUUUGAUUUUGUUCUGGUGGGGCAAAUCUGAAAAUACAAUGGACUAUAUGAGAAAUACGCUCCCUCAAUAAACAGAAAUAGAAAAAAAUACAUAAUACAACGCAAAGGCUACUAAAUUUUUUAAACCUUUUUAUAAUUCCGAUCUCGCCCGAACCUUCUUAUUAAAACCUCAACAUCUUCUUUUCUCAUCACUCCUCCUCUAAGAUUCAUUUGUCGUCUUCUUCUUAAUCUCCUUUCACUACAAAGAUGAUGAAAGAUGUAUUCAGACCAACCAAAUCCGCUCCGUGCUCUCCCGCAAAGCUACUAGGUAUCUCCCACACUCGGUCUGAAUCAUUCCAUGCCAUCCACAAAGUUCCCGUCGGAGACAGUCCUUACGUCAGAGCCAAAAACGUUCAGAGAUGGACCCCAAGAGAGCAAUUCCUCUAUUCUGGUCCGCCAUUAAUGCCAGAGACAGAGUUGACAGUGCUCUGAAAGAUAUGGCUAUUGUGAUGAAGCAACAAGAUAGGGCAGAAGAAGCUAUUGAAGCUAUUAAAUCUCUUAGAGUCAGAUGUUCAGAUCAAGCACAAGAAUCUCUUGACAACAUCCUCCUAGAUCUCUACAAGGCACUCACUUUACAGCAAAAACAGAACAUCCUCUGUUUUUUCCUCUGUUUCCUUUUGCAAUUGCUUGAGUUUGUAUUGAAACGUUGCAUUGUUGUUCUUUGCAGAGAUGUGGGAGAUUAAAUGACCAGAUUGCACUAUUGAAAGUAACACAAAAUCUUCUCGAUACAAAAAGGUCUCGCCUUUAACGGUAAACGAACCAAAACAGCUCGAUCUCAGGGGAAGAAGUUUCAAUUUUCUGUGGAACAAGAAGCCACACGGCUACUGGGGAACUUAGGAUGGGCUUUGAUGCAAAGAGACAACUUCGUGGAAGCCGAAGAUGCGUACAUGAGAGCUCUAUCGAUCGCACCUGACAACAACAAGAUGUGUAACCUCCGGAUCUGUCUUAUGAAGCAAGGCAGGAUCGAUGAAGCCAAAGAGACGUUACGACGCGUGAAGCCUGCGGUGGUUGAUGGUCCUAGAGGAGUGGAUUCGCAUCUAAAAGCUUACGAGAGAGCGCAUCAGAUGCUUAAUGAUUUUGGGUCUGAGACGAUGAGAAGAGGAGGGGAUGAUAGGGUUGAACAUAGGAGGUUUUUCGACGCGAUGUUUGGGUCUUCCUCUAUAUGGCAGCCUCAGCCUUGUAGAGAACAGAGCCUGAAGCCUAAGCCGAAGCCGGAUUUGAGGAAUGAUGAGUACGAUGAUGAGAACGUGAAGACUAAUGUGAAUGUGAAUGUAGUUGUAAACAACCCAUUAAGGGUUGAUGUUAAACCGUUCUUCUCUUCGAAGCUGAGGAGCAAUAACGAAAAGCUGAAGAGGACUAGAUCGUCUAGCCAAACCAUGGGGAUGUUGAGUUGUGGUGAGGAAUAGACAAAUACGAAUAAAAAAUUGUCAAUGGAGAAAAAAAACAAUAGACUGUGGAUUACCAGACAACAAGGAGUUUGAAGAAGCGAUGAUCAUGACCGUCUUGGGGACUGAGACGAAAGUGGUGGACAAGAAGAGGCUCAAGGUUUUUUAGGACAUCACUUUGUCCUCCCUUAGCCCAAGAGCCUGAGUGUUAUAUCUCAAAUGAUAAUCUCUAACCAAUCUAUUUUCUAAUUUAUUAGUAAAGAAAAAAAGAGAUGAGCUCUUAUUUUCCUUGGGUAAUUUUUAUUAAUGUUUUUUUGGUAGGUUAAAGUUGCUACAUUGUUCACAAUUAUUGUAGUUGAUCAAUAAUAAAAAAGUUGAAAGUUA